AUGGACUCGCUGGGCUUGUUGCUGCUGCGGUCCCUGGCCCGCUGGGGUGGUCCUCAGCUCCUGCAUAGGCAGCCAGAAGCCCUGGCCUCCCAGAAGGAGGCAGCUCUGGUGCCGCAGAGCCACGUGCCGCUCUUUGGCAUCCUUGCGGGGUCCCUGGUGCUAUCCCUGGAGGAGGGGUCCCAGGAGGAGGCUUUUUCCCAGGUGCUGGGGUUGGAGGCUUGGGAGCAGGGCUCGGGGCUGCGGGGAAGCCUCUCAAAGCAGGGGUCGGAGGCCUCGGGGGAGUCGGCGGGCUUGGCCUGCAGCCAGGUGCUGCAGGCCUCUUCCCGGGAGGCGUCUUCCCUGGUGGUGCCUUCCCUGGUGCUGCAUCUGCAGCUGCCCUUAAAGCUGCUGCAAAAGCUGGUGCUGGACUUGGUGGUGUCGGUGGCAUUGGUGGCUUGGGUGGAGUCGGUGGUCCUGGUGGCCUCGGGGUCUCCACAGCCUGGGGCUGGCGCAGCAGGGAAGCCCCCCAAGGUACCAGGUGCUGGGAUUCCCGGAGCGUUCCCGGGCGGCGUGCUCCCCGGAGCAGGUGUCCGCUUCCCCGGCGUCGGGGUGCUGCCCGGAGUACCCACUGGUGCUGGAGUCAAGCCAAAAGCCCCAGGCGUGGGAGGAGCCUUUGCAGGAAUCCCUGGACUGGGAGGCUUUGGAGGCCAGCAGCCCGGUGUCCCUCUGGGGUAUCCCAUCAAAGCUCCUAAGCUCCCAGGUGGCUAUGGAUUGCCCUACAGCACUGGUAAGCUGCCCUAUGGGCUUGGGCCUGGCGGGGUAGGAGUGGGACUCGGCGCAGCAGGAAAGGCAGGAUUCCCCACCGGGACAGGAGCCGGUGUCCUGCCCGGGGCUGGCGGCAUCCCAGGGGUCGGCGGCUUGGUGCCCGGCGUUGGAGGCAUUCCGGGCGUUGGAGGCAUCCCGGGYUUGGAGGGCCGGCAGCGGCAGCUGCAGCGGCGAAGGCAGCAGCGAAAGCAGGAGCGUACGGAGUCGGGACGCCGGCAGGAGCAGCAGCAGCGGCAAAGGCAGCUAAGUUUGGAGCUGGUGCUGGUGUUCCUGGUGCAGUUCCUGGCGUGCCCGGUGUUCCCGGCGUGCCCGGCGUUCCCGGUGUUCCUGGUGUUCCUGGUGUUCCCGGUGUGCCCGGUGUGCCCGGUGUUCCCGGUGUUCCUGGCGUACCCGGCGUGCCCGGCGUGGCCGGGGUUCCUGGAGUGGUGCCUGGCGUCGCUGGUGUCCCGGGAGGUGAGAGUCGGAGUCCCAGGCGCAGCAGCCGCUGCUGCCAAAGCAGCCGCCAAAGCAGCCAAGUAUGGAGUAGGUGGCCUUGCUCCCGGUGUUGGUGGCCUUGCUCCAGGCGUGGGUGGCCUGGCUCCUGGUGUUGGUGGCCUGGCUCCUGGCGUUGGUGGCCUGGCUCCCGGUGUCGGUGGCCUGGCUCCUGGCGUGGGUGGCCUGGUCCCUGGUGUUGGUGCCAUCCCAGGGGUCGGAGCUCCAUCCGCAGCGGCCAAAGCAGCAGCUAAGGCAGCCAAAUUCGGUGCUGGGGUCGGAGGGGUGCCGGGYGCUGUGCCCGGCGCUGCUGGAGUGCCAGGAGUGACGCCCGGCGUCGGUGCUGUGCCAGGCUUGGUGCCGGGUGUGGGAGUGCCCGGUACUGGCAUUCUCCCUGGAGCAGGCAUCCCCCAAGUAGGGGUGCAGCCCGGUGCUAAGCCUCCCAAAUUCGGAGUUCCCGGUGUCGGUGUCCCAGGGGUUGGUGGCCUCCCAGGUGCUCUUGGAGUCGGUGGCCUUGGAGUUGGUGGCCUUGGACCUGGUGGGCUUGGUGCUGGACUCUUGUACCCCGGGGCCGCCGGCAAACCUCCCAAAGCGGGUUUCGGUGCUGCUGGGGGGCUGCAGCCAGGGGCUGGAGUGCCCGGCUUUGGCGUCUCGCCGAUAUUUCCAGGUGGGGUCGCCGGCCAGCUGGGAUUUGGCGGAAAGCCCCCCAAGACCUAUGGAGGGGCCCUGGGCGCCUUGGGAUUUAGAGGCGGCGUGGGCUGCGCGCAAGGCAAGUACUGCGGCAGGAAGAGGAAGUAGCCGGGCACGGCUGCCAUUCACCUCAUGAACUUUGGUGCUACUGCAUGGUAUAGAAUGUAAAUCGAGGCAA